GACACAUGCACACAGAUUGAUUACACAGUUUCUCUCCAGGACUGUUCACUUUAAUAGAGAGAGCAACAGUUUGUUAAACACAGCUCCUGUCAGUGUGAUCCGUGUGGAGCAACAGUAGCUGUUACUGAGCCUCCUCCUGAGCUGGAUCCAUCAUCACCAUGAUAAUAAGCAUCGCUCUGAUUUGGGCAUUAGUAGUGGGAUUCUGCUGCCUUCUGUGGCUUGCUGUGGGGACACGACACAGGCAAUCAGGUGAGCCAGCACUUGAAAAUGGCUUCAUUCCAUACCUGGGCUGUGCUUUGCAGUUCGGGGCCAACCCUCUCCAGUUCCUCCACAGCCGCCAGAAGAAGUAUGGCCAUAUUUUCACCUGCAAGAUUGCAGGACGGUAUAUCCAUUUCCUGUGUGACCCCUUCUCUUACCAUUCAGUGAUCAGACAGGGGAGACACCUUGAUUGGAACAAGUUCCACUUUGCUACAUCUGUCAAGGCAUUUGGCCACGACAGCUUUGACCCUCGCCAUGGCUACACUACAGAGAACCUCCAUCAAACUUUUCUGAAGACACUACAGGGUGAGGCUCUACCCUCGCUGAUAGAUACGAUGAUGGGCCACCUCCAAGAUGUCAUGCUGAAGUCAGACACACUCAAACCCAGCAAGAACCACUGGGAGGUGGAUGGCAUCUUUGCUUUCUGUUAUAAGGUGAUGUUUGAGUCUGGGUACCUGACGCUGUUUGGUAAGGAGUUUGGUGAAGAUAAGUGUCAGGCUACACAGGCAGCUCAGAAAGCCUUGGUGCUCAACACCUUGGAGAACUUCAAAGAAUUUGACAAGAUCUUCCCAGCAUUAGUAGCUGGCCUGCCCAUCCAUGUCUUCAAGAGUGCCUACAGUGCCAGAGAGAGCCUAGCAAAGACCAUGCAUGCCGAAAAAUUGUCCAAGAGGGAGAAUGUGUCUGAUCUGAUAUCUAUGAGGAUGAUCCUGAAUGAUUCCUUAUCUACCUUCAGUGAUGUGAGCAAGUCCAGGACACACGUUGCUCUGCUUUGGGCUUCACAGGCUAACACCCUGCCUGCCACCUUCUGGAGUCUGUUUUAUAUGAUCAGGAGUCCAGACGCUAUGAAGGCAGCUUAUGAGGAAGUGCGAAAAGUUCUCGAGGAUUCCAAUCUGACAGUUGACCCCUGUAACCCCACACUAAACUUGACUAGAGACCAGUUGGACAACAUGCAUAUUUUGGACAGCAUCGUAAAAGAAGCCAUGCGUCUUUCCAGUGCUUCAAUGAAUGUACGUGUUGCCAAGGAAGACUUCCUGCUUCACCUUGACAACAAAGAAGCUUACUGUAUCAGGAAAGAUGAUGUCAUUGCCCUAUAUCCGCCGAUGUUGCACUACAAUCCAGAAAUCUAUGAGGAUCCCUACGAGUACAAGUUUAAUCGUUUCCUUGAUGAAAAUGGUGAGGAGAAAAAAAUCUUUUACCACAGUGGACGACGGUUGCGUUACUUCUACAUGCCCUUUGGCUCUGGAGUGACAAAAUGCCCUGGGAGAUUUUUUGCUGUGUAUGAGAUCAAGCAGUUUCUUGCUCUCAUGUUGUCCUACUUUGACAUGGAGCUAUUGGACCCCACUGUCAAAGUCCCACCUCUUGACCAAUCUCGUGCUGGACUGGGAAUACUGCAGCCAACCUAUGAUGUGGACUUUAGAUACAAACUGAAAUCAAUCCACUAGACUCUGUUUUUGUCAGGCAGAGUUAUUGAAGUACACACUGUACACAAUAUACUGUAUAUUAACAGUGUUAAUGAAGGUGCCUUGAUGUACAUGUAAAUAGGACUGAAUUAUACAUUUUUGUUGCUUUAAUGUGCUGCUGAAGAAGAGUAGUGUAUAGUAUGAAGUAAGAAGAAUUCUGCACAUGUGAGUGGGGCCUUUACAUCUGGUUAAAGCCUUUGCUGUGUCAAUUACCAACUAUGUCAAGGAAUAUUAGGACGACACAAAUAAGAAGGUUUUAUGUGACUCACAUAUACUCAAGUUUCCACAAAUAUGUGAUAAAUUACUCCAGAAGAUCAUUUAAAAGUUAAAGAGCCAUUUUGGACUCUCCUUGACCCAGGGCCAGGGACUAGGUUGAUCUCUCAACCUUUUAAACUCCAAUGCAACAGCAAAGUACAUAUAUGAGCUGGACUUGUUUUUGUAGCGCAUCCCACAGACUAAGGUCUAAGAUGCAAGAAAAAGAUGCAAGUGAGAGAAAUGUUGGUGUUUACAAGAGACACAGGAUGUACCCACACUUUGAGACUAGCUGAUGAAAAUAAUGGAGCAUUGAACAACUAAAGAGCCUGAAAUUUCCCACAGGAAUGAGUGAAAACCAAGAACAGAGAUAAAGGUUUUUUGGACAUCAACAUUUAAACAAAAUGAAUGAUAAAUUUACUCCAGAAGAUUCCAAAAAGGUUUUUACAGGUUUUAAUUAAUAAAGGCUAAAAAUCCAAUGUACAGCCAAGAGGUUUCCUUUGAGUAUGUUACUGAGCAAAUAAGCAAAUUUCCAAAACUGUCCAUAGUUUGUUUGUUUGUUUUUUUGACUGUAUAAAAGUGCCUAGCAGGGAUCCAAAAAGUACCAAAGUUAUAUAAUUGUACUCCCUUCAUGCUGUUGUAUAUAGGGUUAAAGAGCCCAUGGCAUGCUCAUUUUCAGCCAAUUAAUUUUUUAUCUUGGGUAACUCUAGAUUAAGGAUAAUCACUUUAUUUAGCCAAGUAUGUUACACACACAAGGAAUUUG